UGUCACUUUACUUCUGGCAAAUUCAUUAAUAAUAUAUAUUUUGCUAGGAAUGGCUGGUGUAAUAUGAUUUUCGUUUUUAAAUAAAGCUCAAAGAGACAGCAGCAAGUAACAAUUCAAUUAGCUGAACCCCCCUGUGCAUGAGAGAGAGAGAGAGAGAGAGAGAGAGAGAGAGAGAGAGAGAUGGAAAAGAAUGGACAGAGAUCCCGCCGGUUGGUUCUGUUGCCAUGUCCAUUCCAAGGUCACAUAAAUCCCAUGCUUCAACUAGGCACCAUCCUUCACUCCAAGGGAUUCUCCAUCACCAUUGCUCACACUGAGUUUAAUUCUCCUAAUCCUUCCAACCACCCUAAUUUCAAGUUCCUUCCAAUACCGGAUGGCUUAUCCGUCCAAGAUAUCUCAUCUGGGGAUAUACUAAGUCUUAUACAGAGGCUAAAUGUAAACUGUAAAUCGCAUUUGCAGGAAUGCAUGUCACAAAGAGUGACGGGAGGACAACAAGACGAUAUCGCUUGCAUCAUCUAUGAUGAACUCAUGUUCUUCGUUGAGACCGUGGCUAAUUUUCUGAAGCUUCCAAGUAUCAUUUUACGAACCACCAGUGCUGCCACUCUUAUAGCUCGCACCACCCUUGCCAAACUCAAGCUAGAAGGUCUUGUUUCCUUAGAAGAUUCUGUAUCACAGGACCUAGUUCCUAACCAUCACCCUCUCAGGUUUAAGGAUCUACCCUUUCCCAUUAGUAGAAAAUUGGAAAGCUUUUCACAGCUAGUGAUUGAUAUGUACAAAAUUAAGACAUCUUCAUCAGCAAUCAUUUGGAAUACCAUGGACUGCCUUGAACUAUCAUCAUUGGCACGUAUCCAACAACAAUACCAAGUUCCAAACCUCCCCAUUGGUCCUCUGCACAAAUUUGGUCCAGGCCCUCCCAAUAGUAGCUUAUUGAAAGAAGACACUAGCUGCAUGGCAUGGCUAGAGAAGCAAACUAAAAACUCAGUUAUAUACGUAAGCUUGGGAAGCAUAGCAGCCAUGGAUGAAAGAGAGCUAGUUGAAAUGGCGUGGGGACUAGCCAAUAGCCAGCAACGUUUCUUGUGGGUGUUUCGGCCAGACUCAAUUCGUGGUUCAAAAAACGAAGUAUUGUCUCAAAUUUUCAAAGAAACUAUUGGAGAGAGAGGUUGCAUUGUGAACUGGGCACCACAGAAGGAAGUUUUGGCUCAUAGUGCAGUGGGAGGGUUUUUGAGCCAUUGUGGUUGGAAUUCCACCCUUGAAAGUAUUUGUGAAGGGAUUCCAAUGAUAUGCAAACCGUGUUUUGGAGACCAGAGAGUGAAUGCAAGGUAUGUGAGCCAUGUAUGGAGGGUAGGCCUGGAAUUGGAGAAUGAGUUGGAGAGAGGUGAGAUUGAGAAAGCUAUAAGAAGACUAAUGGCAGGAAAAGAAGGGGAAGCGAUGAGGGAAAGAGCCAAGAAUUUGAAGGACAAAGUUGAACUUUGCAUUAAUGAAGGUGGCUCUUCCAACAAUUCCUUGAAUAAGUUGGUAGAGAUGAUCAUGUCAUUUUAAUUGUAUAUAUUCCGUCAUAAUAUCAAACCAGGACUCAUUUCUAAGGGUUUUUUUUUUUUUUUUUAAUUAAAAAAAAAUUAAAAAGCUCUGUUUUACGUAUUGAUUUUUUUUUUUUUUUUUUUAAAUUUAAAUUUGAUUUUCAAGGAACAAGGAAUUUGAACCAUGGAUGUUGAAGACAUUAAGAGGUGUUAAGAACCUUGUAAUGUAUUGAAGUGCUAAUACUUUUAUGUAUUUGUAUUAUAUAUGGAGGUCCAAACUCUUCCUUAAAAUACUUAAUUGGUCGUUUAGUUUGGUUAACUGCUAAUAAGAAUUUCAUCAAUUAAACCAAUGCACAAAGACAUAUAUGUAGUAUUUUGAGUUUUUCUUGAAUUAUGAUUCAAUACAAGAUACUUGGUAUCUUUUCAGUUUUAUAAGAACUAUGGUUUAAAUCCAUAUCUCACUUGUUGUAAUAAUUGUGUUUGUGUGUGUGUGUGUGAUCUAUUGAGAUGGUAAGU